AUGCAGCUCCGGCCAGGAGCCACGGCGUUCCGCCAUGCCGUGGUUGGCGGAAUCACCGCGCCGAGCUGCACGCCAGCUCCCUGUCCCGUAACCUGCCUAUCCAAGUCGAGCUUGUCGAGCAUGCGGAGAAGGAGCCUGCACGCCAGCAACAGGCGGGACUCGGGUUGGGCCACCGCCGUCCGGGUCGCCUCCAGCAUCGUCGGCAACGUCGUCAACAAGGCAACCAACGACGGCAUGACCAUCGACCCGCUGCGCGCCGUCGCCAAGGAGAUGCAAUUCCUCACGGGGAACAUCCGCAAGCUCCUUGGCUCCGGACACCCGUCUCUCGACCGAGCAGCCAAGUACUACACGCAGGCUCAGGGAAAGCACGUGCGGCCGCUGCUUGUCUUGCUCAUGAGCCGCGCGACGCACCUGUGCCCCAAGAAUCCGCGAGAGGAAGAGGCUCACAGCUCCCGGGUGAUUGACUCGUCGAUAUCCCCUGCCCAGAUCCUGGCCGAUCGGAACCCCUCGGGUAUGCCGCUGACCUCGGCCGAGGCGGACAUUGCGGACGGGCACCUGGACAUCUUGCCCAGCCAGAGACGACUGGCCGAAAUCACCGAGCUCAUCCACACUGCGUCGCUGCUUCAUGACGACGUCAUUGACCACUCCGUGUCAAGACGCGGCGCGCCAUCAGCCAACUUGGAAUUCGGCAACAAGAUGGCCGUCCUGGCUGGUGAUUUUCUUCUCGGCCGGGCUUCAGUGGCCCUUGCGAGGUUGAGGCACGUGGAGGUGGUGGAGCUCCUUGCCACCGUCAUUGCCAACCUGGUGGAGGGGGAGUUUAUGCAGUUGAAGAACACGGAACGCGACGAGCGGAAGCCAAGGUACUCGGAAGAGACCCUGACGUACUACCUGCAGAAGACGUAUCUCAAGACGGCCAGCUUGAUAUCCAAGUCGUGUCGCGCGGCCGCCCUGCUGGGCAACGCAGAUGCCACCACGGUCGACGCCGCGUAUUCGUACGGCCGAAACCUGGGACUGGCAUUCCAGCUGGUCGACGAUAUGCUCGAUUACACCCGAAGCGGGCAGGAUCUGGGCAAGCCAGCAGGGGCGGAUUUGGAGCUGGGCUUGGCCACGGCACCUCUGCUGUUCGCCUGGAGGCAAAACCCGGAACUAGGCGCGCUGGUCGGUCGCAAGUUCGAGAGGAAGGGCGACGUGGAGAAGGCUCGCGAACUGGUUUUGAAGAGCGACGGCAUCGAACAGACCCGAGCGCUUGCGCAAGACUACUCGGACAAGGCGGUUGCGGCGAUUGCAGACUUUCCGGCGAGCGAGGCCAAAGACGGCCUUGUCGAAAUGGCGCAAAAGACAGUCAAGAGGCAAAAGUAG